CGAGAGAGAGAAAAAAAACAGGAAACAAAAAAAAUCCACCGCUCCCGAGGCACGGCGGCGUCGAGCGCGCGACACCUCCGGCGGCUCCACAGUGCCGGCGAUCGAGCUCCGCCCGCCCGCGGAUGCUCCGGGCUCGGCGCAGUAAGGCCCAGGAAUCCACGCUCGUAGCCAGAUCUCGGGGUGGUGCUCGGAAGUGGAGUUCGUUCGGUCCCUGCCUCCCUGGUGGGGAUGGGGUGGUCCGCCGGGCUGUGGUGGCUUUUGGCGGCGGUGUGGGUGGUGGUGGCGGCGGCUGCGACGGCGGAGGGUGAGGUCGCGGUCGGGGCGGCGCCGAGGCGGCACGCGUACGCGUCGAUGAUGUACAUGGGCACGCCACGGGACUACGAGUUCUACGUGGCCACGCGCGUCAUGAUGCUGUCCCUGCGCCGGCUCAGCCCCAACGCCGACCGCGUCGUCAUCGCGUCCCUCGACGUCCCGCCGCUCUGGGUUCAGGCACUGAAAAAUGACGGGGUAAAGGUGGUCUCUGUGAAGAAUUUGAAAAAUCCUUACGAGAAACAAGAAAAUUUCAACAGACGAUUCAAAUUGACUUUAAACAAGCUGUAUGCAUGGAGCUUGGUUUCAUAUGAGCGAGUUGUUAUGCUUGACUCUGACAACAUUUUCCUCCAAAAUACUGAUGAGUUAUUUCAGUGUGGUCAGUUCUGUGCUGUCUUCAUCAAUCCCUGUAUCUUCCAUACAGGUCUUUUUGUGCUUCAGCCCUCAAUGGAUGUUUUUAAGAACAUGCUACAUGAGCUAGCGGUUGGACGUGAAAACCCAGAUGGGGCAGACCAAGGCUUCCUAGCUAGUUAUUUCCCGGACUUGCUUGAUCAGCCAAUGUUCCAUCCACCAGCUAAUGGUACAAAACUUUGGGGUACUUAUCGCCUCCCCCUAGGCUACCAGAUGGAUGCAUCUUACUAUUAUCUGAAGCUUCGCUGGAGUAUUCCAUGUGGACCGAACAGUGUGAUUACAUUCCCAAGCGCUCCAUGGUUUAAGCCAUGGUACUGGUGGUCUUGGCCUGUUUUACCUUUGGGGCUCUCUUGGCAUGAACAACGUCGUGAAAACCUAGGGUAUUCAUCGGAGAUACCACUAGUAUUAAUUCAGGCUGUACUGUACAUUGGAGUCAUAGCAGUGACCCGACUUGCGCGGCCUAGCUUGUCGAAGAUGUGCUACAACAGAAGAAUGGAGAAAAACACUAUGUUCUUGCUCUCCCUUCUCAGAAUAGUGGCAGCUUGGUCCAUACUUGCUGCCUACACCAUACCCUUCUUCAUCAUCCCAAGGACCGUGCAUCCGCUGCUUGGCUGGCCCCUCUACUUGCUCGGUUCUUUCUCACUUUCCUCCAUUGUGAUCAACAUUUUCUUCCUCCACCCGAUCACCGUCCUCACAACAUGGUUUGGAUUCAUCGGCGCACUCGUGGUGAUGGCCUUCCCUUGGUAUCUAAAUGGCGUCGUCAGGGCCUUGGCAGUGUUUGCGUAUGCGUUCUGCUGCGCGCCCUUGAUCUGGGCUUCUCUGGUCAAGACAAUGAGCUCCUUGCAGGUCCUGAUCGAGAGGGAUGCAUUCAGGCUCGGAGAACCUAACCAGAAUGCCGAGUUCACAAAGCUAUACUGAGGUGGGCACGGCAGAUACGUAUGGUUGGCCACUUCUGUUGCUCGGUUUGGACAGCUAUCUCCAUUCACGUUGGCAAAUUCUGAUGGGCAAUUUCAAUUGUACAAGUAAAUCUGCAGCCUGGGAGCAAGAGGAGUUGUAUCUUGUGGAACCCAUCAGGAAAACCUCAAGAACCCAUGGUUGUUGUUGUCUUGCACAUGUAGGUGACAAUGACAUACAGGGGAAAUUGGUGCGGGAACUGAAGAGGAACGGUCUGGGGCCAGUUCUUAGCUAUUUUGAUUUAUUGUUCCUCGGAAAGGCCAAGCCAUUUUUGGCUUUGUUUUGUACUGUAAAUGAUAUGAUCGGUUUCGUCACCAAUGAAGAAGGGUUGGAAGUUC